UUCCCAUAGGGACUGAGGAGUACUCCAUGGAAGAAAAUUCGAAAUUCCAUCUUCACUUCUCUCAUUCUCUGACGGUCUGGCCAGGUGACCUCCCAGUCCCCGCUCAUCCGCCGAGCGAGCGAGUAGCGGCGGCGGAGGAGGCCAGACGGUGUCACAGGUUAGGAAGGCCAUCCGCGUUCCUUCCCUAAGAGGACGCACGCCACAUGUUCGACGGAAUGCGGCUUCAGAAGCGGAGCAAGGACGACGAGGCGUCCACCGCGUGUGGCGGCACGGACCGCAUCAGCGGCCUACCGGAGGGCGUCCUCCACCACGUGCUGUCCCUCCUGCCAGCGCACGACGCGGUGCGGACGUGCGUGCUCGCCCGGCGCUGGCGCCACCUCUGGAGGUCCGCGCCGGGGAUCCGCAUCACCGGCGUCAAGGGGUGGCGCGACGCCGACAAGUUCGUCGCCUUCGUGGACCGACUGCUCAGCCUCCGAGGGAGCUGCGCGCCAGUGGAGUCAUGCAAGAUGAAAUUCGAUGCGGGCGACUUCGACUUUGACUACUUCCUGCUUGCCAAGAAGCAGCACGUGAGCCACUGGAUCAUGGAUGCUGUGCGCCUCAAUGUCCAGGUGUUCCGAUUAUCUUUUGCCGAAUUGGAAAGUUUCUGUCUACCUCAUCUGCCUCUCGUCAGCCAGCACCUCGUGAGGCUAGAGCUUGCCUGCGUUGAUGCCAACGACAGCAUUCUUGAUUUUUCAGGCUGUCCCGCACUUGUAGUUCUGAGGAUGAAGUACUGCUUCGUAAAUGCUGGCAAACUGCUAUCUGCAUCCUUGAAGAAACUAAUCAUGAUUAAUUGUGAAUUUCGCCGGGGAAACCGCACCAGAAUUUCGUUGCCAAGUCUUGUUUCACUGGAGCUAAUUCGUUGCUAUGGUAGGACUCCUCUGCUUGAAUGCAUACCAUCCCUAGAAAGAGCAAUUGUCAGCCUUGCUGGUUAUUCUGAGGACUACUGUAUUGAUGGUGGCACCGGCGAUUGCGGUGAUGAUUCUAGUGAGGGUUGUCGAUAUUAUUACGGGUCUGAUGGUAACCGCAACAACUGUGUGUUUCUCAAAGGUUUGUCGGAAGCAACACACGUGGAGUUGUCAGCUUGUCCUGGUGUGUUUGUUUUCAAUAGGGAUUUAAAGUGGUGCCCUAUAUUUACCAAGUUAAAGACUUUGCUACUCGAUGAGUGGUGUGUUGCUGAUUGCAAUGCAUUGAUUUGUUUCCUCCAACAUUCGCCAGCCCUGGAAAAGCUUACUCUUCAACUUUACAUGGCAUCCCAAUAUCCAGUGAAAACAGAUGGAAGAUAUAACCCAUUGGAGCUGCCAUUUGCAUCCCAUCAUCUUAAGAUAGUUGAAAUCAAAUGUGAAGAGGUCGAUGGGAGGGUUCACAAAAUUUUAAGUAGCCUGAAUACCUAUGGCAUACCACUGAAUCACAUUGAGAUCCAACAAACUAAUAGAAGUUCCGGAUCUGGAUACGUCAAUUUGGUGUGCACUGGUUUCAGCUAAACUGGAGAUUGCAGGCUCACGCAGAGUGGACAAGAUUUUGAAGCUCACGCAAAUGGACCUACUGUCUCUCGAUUUUUGCCGAAGUCCACGUAACCCCCUAAACUAUAAAACUGUCUAACCCCUGGGUUUCCAAAACCAGCUUACUUUUCACCUUUGCAUCCAAUUCAAACUGGUUUUGGUCACGUAGACAAUAAAUUUGCUUGUCUUGAUGAUUAGGAUAGCCACAGCAUCAAUCAUUGUUCACAUGUCAUGCAGACAUCUUCCUCUUGUUGCUACAACAGAGGCAGCGGCUUGACGCCGAAAAAUAAGAGCUUCUGCCAAGGGGUGAGGGCUCGAUGAAGGGCUAGCGGGUGGCCUACAGUCAUCGAGGGCGCCAAGCUCCUGGUCGUGACGAUAGUCUGCACAGUCCACCACCGCAGCUCCGGCACAGACACGAUGAUGGCUUCAAGUCGAAGGAGCUCCUGCACGGGCACGCUACGCUAGGCGUCGAGCCCCGGCCUACUUGGUGCAGCGCUGAACCCGUAGCACUGUCACCAGGGAGCGACGGGAUAGCUCAAAGGCGCUCCAGUCCUAGUGUCUACAGCCUCACAGGAGAGGAGCAUCGUGAGCUGGCCUUGAGUGGCCGCUUGCUUGCGUGAGGAGGUGUUGUGGCUUGACUUGGAUAAGUUAGUUGCUGCUGGAUUGCUUUGCGGAGAGAGGAAAAUAGGGGAGGCGAGAGGGGAAAAGAGCAAGGCGGUGCUAAAGCUGUCAAAUUUGGAUAUGGAUGUAGAAGAGCUGUGUGGUGCAGAGGAGUGCAGGUAUUUUUGGCCUCCAUGGAUUGGAUUGUUUACUCGGACGGGAGAGAGGAGCAGAGGAGGAAGGUGUUGCUGACUCGCUAAAGAAGAGAAUAGGAGGGACGUGUGGCCGUGCAUGGCCGUGCAUAGAGGGCCAGCCAGCGGUAGAUGUGGACAAUGACCGAUGUUGUGGCCAUCCAAUCAUCAAACACAAGCAAAUCCACUGUUCAUGUGGCUAAAAUCAGUUUUGAUUGGCGCUAAAGGUGAAAAAUGAGUUGGUUUUGAAAAUCUAGGGGGUUAUGUAAACGGUUUUACAAUUUAAGGGUUAUAUGGACUUCAGUCAUAGUUGAGGGUAGUAAUUUGGACUUUUUCCUAUCUCUGCCUAAUAAUAAAGAGCGGUUGUUUCUUCCAA